GGCACCUCCUCCGAAGGACUGACUCCGGCCAUCACUUGGGCAUCCAGCACCCACCAUGGGCCCCAUCGGGAGCCUGCUGAGCGGAGGGCACAUGCAAGUUGUCUUGUGGGGGAGCCUGGCAGCCGUUGCCACUUUCUUCCUCAUCACUUUCCUCGUCUUCUUGUGUUCCAGCUGUGACAGAGAAAAGAAACCAAGGCAACACAGUGGGGAUGAUGAGAACCUGAUGAACGUGACCUCCGACAAGGAGUUGUUCAGUCGCUCCAUCACUAGCCUGGCCACCGAUGCCCCUGUGAGCAGUGAACAGAAUGGAGUGCUGACCAAUGGAGAUGUUCUUUCAGAAGACAGCACUCUGACCUGCAUGCAACAUUAUGAGGAAGUCCAGACAUCAGCUUCAGAUCUCUUGGACUCCCAAGACAGCACCACAAAGUCCAAAUGUCAUCAGAGCCGAGAACUGCCCCAAAUCCCUCCGGAGAGUGUGGUGGACACAGUGCUCGACCUGAGGGGCGCAGAUGGGGACCCUGGUCUGGGAAUGGAGGGGCCGUAUGAAGUGCUCAAAGACAGCUCCUCCCAAGAAAACAUGGUAGAAGACUGCUUGUAUGAAACAGUGAAGGAGAUCAAGGAGGUGGCCGCUGCCACACAGGCAGGGAAAGGCCACAAUUGCAGGCCCAAGUCCUCUGCAGCUCUGAAAGGGCUUCCAGGGACCCAAACGGACAGCAAAGGUGACUUUGCAGAAUAUGCCUCGGUGGAUCGGAACAAAAAGUGUCGGCAGAGUCUUCAUGCAGAGAGUGUUCAGGGGAAUUCUUGCGAGCCCGAAGAGGAGCCUCCACCCCCUGUCCCUGCUAAACUUCUGGAUGAGAAUGAAAACCUUCAGGAAAAAGAAGAGGGAAAGGAAGGGAAACAAGGCAUGGCAGAGGAGACUGAGGAAACCAACAAGAGAUUCAGUUCCAUUUCAUACAAAUCUCGGGAAGAAGAUCCAACCCUCACAGAAGAAGAGAUCUCAGCGAUGUAUUCAUCAGUAAAUAAACCAGGACAGCCAGGAAAUAAAUCAGGACAGUCACUGAAAGUGCCAGAGGCCACCUACACUUCUAUUGAAGGGGCCACCCAGAGGUCCCCUUCUUCCUGCAGUGACCUCUAUGCCACCUUGAAAGACUUUGAGAAAACUCCCAGCAACAGCGUCAGUGUGAUUCCAACGACCAGGAGACUAAGCCAAGAGCCCGAGCCCGACUACGAAGCAAUACAGACUCUGAAUAGAGAAGAAGAAAAGGCCCAUUUGGAAACGAAUGGCCACUAUAGUCCCUUCCCAAAGGAGAAUGACUAUGAGAGCAUUGGGGACUUGCAGCAAUGUAGAGAUGUCACCAGACUCUAGCAACCCAACAGAGACCCCACCUCCCCCCAGCCUUCUAGAAGCAUUUUCUUCCACCGAGCUAAGAAGCACUGUCCUAGGACCAAUACAUGUAAGCUGCUUUUAGGAAACUGAAGGCAAUCCAAGAUGGCCCCUUGUUUGCCUACUUUCAAAAACAGUGAGGUACGCACCUGGCUGCACCAGAUGCAUGGUGCAUCUGCUAAGCACAUCUUCUCACCCUUGCUCCCCCUGCAGAAGCCCUGAAUUUCAGGGCUUUCAUCCCUCCGUGAAGAAAGCCAGGAUGAAGGAGGAACUGUACUUAUCAACAAGUCCACCCAAAAUUCAGCUAUUCACAAGACCCCCAGCUUUUAUUUCUUUCCUCCCUCUCACUGUUUGCUGCUGACAUCAAAACAUAUGGCUCUUCUCCUCUUGAAAUCUUCCCAUUUUUUCAUGAUUCCUUUCCAGGAAGCUUUCCCACCUGGCCUUUGCCUUCCAUAAGUGUUUUGAGAUGCUAGUUCCCUUUCUCUCCCAAACUCAUCCAAGAGCUACACACCUGUCAGCCCUCCCUACGGGAGG